CUUGCAUCACAGACUAUCAGACAUUAUAUGGAAAGUAAGAAGAAGGUUCAUGUUAAAGCGUUUAGAUCCUCUCUAUCUGCGCUGCGUUUGUCCGGUGCUUCACUGUUUUCAGGUGAAGGGAUCUAUACUCUCACCUGUCAAAGCAGCAGUGCCCUGAACCCAUGAAAAGAGGAUCAAUACAGAUUGAAUCAUGUCAGACAACAUACUGGAGGAAAUCUUCAUCAAACGGUCUCAGCAGAAGAAGAAGACCUCUCCUCUGAACUACAAGGAGAGGUGGUUCAUUCUUACCCAGGAAAAAAUAGCCUACUAUGAUUUUGAUUCUGAGAAAGGGAAGCGAAAAGGUUUAAAAGGGACCGUUGACAUUGAGAAGAUAAAGUGUGUGGAGACAGUCGAGCCUGAGGCUAACACCCCACAAGAGCGCAUGUAUGCUUUCCAGAUCAUUUACGAUGAAGGACCUUUGUACAUAUUCGCAAAAACAGAAGACAUUCGGAGGCUAUGGAUAAAAAAACUAAAAGAAUUGGUCCGCUUUAACAAAGAUCUGAUGCAGAAGUACCAUCCCUGUUUCUGGGUGGAUGGCCUGUGGCUUUGCUGUAAGCAGGAAGUCAAACAAGCCAUGGGUUGCAAAGUUCUAGAAGAUUCUACAAAAAAUGGUUUUAAAUCAUCAUCGGGUCGACGGCAAUCCAGGAAACCACUUCCACCAACCCCAGUAGAGGAGAAGACUUUGCGCUCAUUGCCCCCGGAACCCGUUGAAACACAGACGCAUUCUGGAAGCAUGACUUUUGUAGCUGAAUACGAUUACACACCAAUGAAUGCCCAGGACCUGGAGCUGAGGAAGGAUGAGGAGUACACCAUCCUGGAGAGGUCUGACCCGAACUGGUGGAAAGCAACAGACAAAUACGGAAAAGAAGGCUACAUACCAAGUAAUUAUGUUGUGGAAGCAGAAAGGGGACUUGAAAGAUUUGAUUGGUACUCCAAAAACACGAAUCGUAGUCAAGCAGAGCAGCUUUUGAAAUCUGAGAACAAAGAUGGAGGUUUCCUGGUACGAGACUCAAGCAAAGCUGGGAAAUACACUGUGUCUCUGCUCACCAAAGGUGGCAUGGAAACAGGUGGAAGCUGCAGACAUUACAAUAUCUGCACGACCCCACAGGGACAGUUUUAUCUGGCAGAAAAGCAUCAUUUCAACACUAUUCCAGAACUCAUCAACUAUCACCAACACAACGCAGCAGGUAUGGUCAGCAGGCUGAAGCACAUUGUAUCUAAUCGAGCACGUCCUCCUUCAACUGCAGGACUGGGUUAUGGUGUUUGGGAAAUUGACCCGCGGGAUCUCACUUUCAUCAAAGAGCUGGGUAACGGCCAAUUUGGAGUGGUGAAGUAUGGAAAGUGGCAGGGCCAGCAUGAUGUGGCCAUAAAGAUGAUUAAAGAGGGCUCCAUGUCUGAGGAUGAUUUCAUUGAAGAAGCCAAAAUCAUGAUGAAGCUUCGCCAUGAGAAUCUGGUGCAGCUGUACGGCGUCUGUACCAAACAAAGACCUAUUUAUAUCGUAACUGAGUUUCUUGCAAAUGGAUGUCUCCUAACCUACCUAAAGGAGGGGCUGAAACAACACCCGACAACAGUCCAGCUUCUUGAGAUGUGCAAAGACGUAUCCGAGGGCAUGGCCUACCUUGAACAGCAGCAGUAUAUACACAGAGACCUGGCUGCCAGGAACUGUUUAGUAGAUUCUAACGGCACAGUCAAGGUGACUGACUUUGGUUUGUCAAGAUAUGUUUUGGAUGAUGAGUACACAAGCUCAGCAGGCUCAAAGUUUCCAGUCCGCUGGUCACCUCCAGAAGUACUGCUAUACUGCAAAUUCAGCAGCAAGUCAGACAUCUGGGCUUAUGGAGUUUUAAUGUGGGAGGUUUACACACUGGGGAAGCUUCCAUAUGAACGUCUUAACAAUACAGAAAUAGUGGAUCAGGUGUCCAGAGGCCUGCGUCUCUUCCGUCCACAACUGGCCAAUGAGAAGGUCUACAGCAUCAUGAUGCUCUGCUGGAGUGAUAAACCGGAUGAAAGACCCACCUUCCAGGAGCUGGCAUAUAAUGUUCAAGAUUUGCUGUAUGAACUCCAAUAAACCUGAGAAUAAUUUAUAAACACAAACAGGAGUCUCUGGUCCUCAGAGAGAAGCUCCCCAAUGGGAAACAUUGAGCAUAAUUAAAACAAUUGAAACUUUAAAUGUGUGGAUGAGCAGCUUUUUAAAGCUUAUCUAGAAUGUGAACUGUUUUAAUGCAAAUGUCACUUUUAGUCACUAGCUUUUGCAUAACAUUAAUAAGACUGCAGUUCUAUGAACCAUAUUUAGAUUUUGUUUAUAUUAUUCUGAAGGUUGUUUAAUUAAACAUGACAGUUUUGUUUGUACUCUGUGAAAUUGUUGUGAACACACUUGUAUGUAAAAAUAAAUUUUGUAAGCUGAUAUAUGUUGCACAAAUAAAUGCCAAGUAAAAGUGGCUUAUGAGAUAUAAUGUGUAGAAAACAGAACCUUUCUCAUUUUAUUUGUAUUCUGUUGGCACAUUUAUAUUUUUAAACAAAAAAAUAAGUAAGCAUUUUUAAAGAAUGGAUUAAAUUGAAAACGUCCAUCGAUCCAUCCAUGCAUUGUUCGCCCCCCCUAAAAAACUAAUAAAUAUGAUAAAAUGAAACAUAAAACAUUAAAACAUUAUGAUAAUCAAUAAAUAUCGAAUGUUUCUUAAACAGAUAAUAGGAUU